AUGACCUUCUUAUCGGAUAUAAAGUCUAAAACUAGGAAGCUAACAAAAUCCAGCUCCUCUCUUCAUUCGUCAGAACAUUUGGAAUCCUCUGCUGCAUCAAUCUCAAGUGUUUCCUCGUCGAAUUCUAUAGCUUCCUUUACUGAAAACAUCAAGAAGUCUCUCUCAACAAGAAAGAAGCAUUUCCCGUCUUUGAAGAAACUAAAGAGGUCCCUGUCGUCAGCGUCUUUCCAUAGCAACCACUCCAACACAAGUGACCUGUCUCUAGAAUACAACCAGAACGAGUAUUACUCCCCAGCCCAGCACGAGCCCCUCUAUAGAGAUCAAGAGGAGUACUGUCUUUCCUACCAAAUACAGGAGAAGGACACAUACAUUGACAACCCAGUCAGCGACGCAUCAGAAGAAGCGUUAAAAGAAGAAGCAGAAGAAGCAGAAGCAGAAGAAGCAGAAGCAGAAGAAGGCUCACCCUUAUUUGAUUCCCUUCUACCUUGUCUUCCUCUCACGGCUGUCCCCCUGUCUGCUAAUAACGAAACCAUAAACACUGUGCUCAGCAUCAGUACAACGCUAAUUGAUAGCCACCAAGCUUCACGACAAGAAAUUGAACACUUUCCUUUGGACCUGUCCAAUUCCAGUCCACCAACAAGCCGUUUCCAAUCCAGUCCUUCUACAAACCACCUGGAAGUAGAAACACAAGAAAGAAACGAACAAGACUUUGAGCACGAGCUGGAUCAAGAUAGAACCUUUUGCAUAUCCCCUCCCUCGGUAAAGUCAUACACGUUCCCUGUCGAAAAACUGGAUCUACCUGACCCCCUUCUUGAUAUUAUUCAAAGCUCUAAGUUAUUCCCACCACAUUCUAUACAUCUAUCACAAUCCUUGGAAAGCAUAAAAAUGGUUGAUGAAAAGCAAACUGAAGAGAAGAUUGGAUCUUUUUUCCAAAUUCUAAAGAGCUAUUUAUAUAACGCCUUCACCAAGACUAAAGAGACUCUCUCUUUUACAUCGGCAAAAACCGUCGACUAUGUACAUUACUACUACCUGGGAACUAUAAAAAAACUAAAGCAGUAUCCACUAACCACCUACAAUGCCCUAUACGUUGCAUCUCUAGCUGCUGCCGCUUAUGCCAUCAAAUACUUGCACAAUGAACGUGUCAUUACCACUUUCAACCGGCUCAACCGUCAUGAUAGAGACGUCCAGAUAGCAUCAGCUGUCGGUAUCGCAUUUUUGGUUGGGGGAAUAGGAAACUAUGUUUAUUUGAGAAACAAUAGGACUAUCAAAGGCAGCAGUCCCUAG